AUGCAAAAGUAGAGAUUCUAUGAAUAAUCUUUAAGAGGAGGAGGGUCUGCCUUUUCUUCUUCUAAUAAUUCUCAAGGAAUACCUUAGAAUAUAUAAAUUGAAGCCUAAUUACAUUCAACACUUUUGAAUAGUUUGCUUGUCAACUUAAAUAAAAGACUAGAGCAAAUAUAAAAUGUCAAAGAGAUUAUGAGUACAGAAGAAGGGAAAAGUGUAUUAUGUAGAAACAUAGCUUGGUUUUAAGAAAUUGAACAAUUUUUUUGUUAUUUCCAAUUUCAAAUUGACUUAGUGAAAAGACACAAAUAAAUUAUAGAAAGAACACUUUAAAUUUUCUUAGAAUUGGCUUCAACAACAAUAUAAUGGGACAGAAUGAUUGCUUUAAAAAUAUUAAAAAUUUGUAACUCUUUCAUUAGAUUAAUAUUUAUUUAUUAUUCUAAUUCAAAUGAUAGAAGUCAAUAAUAAUAGAUAGAUAAUUGGACAUAGUUAACUGCCAAUACUAUUAAUUAGAUUAAUUUAGAAGGAGAAGCAUCAUUAUUCUAUAAUGGUUUGAUUUAUGAGCUAACUCUAAUCUAAGCCUGUAUAGAGUAUAUACCCACACAAGAAGAAUAACAACAAAGAAAUAGUUCUGCAUUUUCAAUUCUUAAAGAACUUGCUAAUUCUGCAAUUAGUUUAAAGCCAUCUCAUAAAUUAAUUAGUUCCAUAUCUAAAGGGGCUUUGUAUUUAUAUUAGCAAUUCCAAAAGAAGAAGUCAAUGGAACAAUUUGAAAGAUGCUUAUUUUUAGAAUAAUUAAAAUGGAAUAUCUUGAUGAGUAUUAAAGCUGGUGUUAUGUUUAAUGAAAUAGAAGAUAAAAUAAGUGAUAACUAUACUAGUAUAAUUAAAUAAGGUAGUGAUUGGGCAAUAUAAUAUUCUUGGAUCAAGAUGGCAAGUGAACUUAUGGCAUGUAAACCUCAAAUUACAAAAAUCAAAUUUUAAAGUUUAUAAUAGGGAUCAAAUUAAAUUAUGACAUGGGAACAAGCCUAAUCAGAAAAUUUGAUUAAUGUUAUUCAUAAAGAUUUUGAAAUUGCUGAAAUUAUUGCUAAAGGAUCAACUUCAAAUAUUGGGAUUAAAUUAUAAAGUAUAUAAAGACAGUAUCAAAAUCUUUAAAACUUUUUUAUGAAUGGAAAUCAAAUUAUUCCUUAAUUUAUUGGUUAUUAUUCUAUAGAAUCAGCAAAGGAUACAUUAAAUUUAGAUAAUGAAUCUAAUUAAGAUUAUUUUAAAAUGAUCUAAUCAUUAAGAUAAAUUCCUUUUGAUAAGAUUGCUAGCAAUUUUAAUGAAUUUUUAAAUAAAUUUUCGAACUUUUUAAUUAGUUAUUAUCAAAUAGAAUCUAAGAAAAUGAAUUUUUCAGAUUUCUAAUAUUACCUUAUUUUAUUAUAAGAAUAAUGUCAAACUUUGCUUAACGAUGUUAUUAAAUUUUAAAUUUCAGGGGAAUAUCUAAAUAAUAUUAUUGAAAUAAUAUCACCAAUUUUAAUAAAAUCAGAAGAUCCUAAUAAAUAGUAGACAGAAAUAUUUAGUAAUUGUUUUCAAACAUUUUUAUAUAAUUAUUCUAAAAUAUAAAGUAAAAAACAAUUUGAUAAAAAAAGAGAUAUAUAUGAUAAACUUAUAAAUUGGCUCAAAUAAAUAAAUUUAGUUUAAAAAUAAUCAAAUAACUAUUAGGAACAAUUUGGAAAGAAGAUGCCAGAAGAUUGCUUAGCUUUUUCCAAAAUAUAAGAAAAACCUUUUUAAAUAUAAUUGAAUUACCUUAUAAAUUCUAAUAAAUUUUGUGAAAAAUGGAAUGAAUAGAUUAUGCUACUUACAUCUAUGUUUACAUCUGAAAAUAUUAUGAUAAAUCAAUAAAUUAUCAUUACAAAACAAACAUAAGAAACAGAAAUGAAAACUGUUUUAGACAAUCUCAAUGAAGAAUUUAUUAAAAGAUAAAAUAGUAAUUUUGAAUACCUACAUUCUAUUUAUUCAAUUCUUUAAAUGUAAUAUGAAUAAUUUUUUGAAUUAAAAUCUUUACUCUUUGAUAAGUUUUCUUUAGAAGAAUUUGAAAAAAUUGAAAAGAAAUAGAAAAUUGAAUUCAUAAUUAAUCCUAAAUUUGAUUUCAACUUAUAUUUCUAAUAUUAAAUCAAUCAGUAUUAAUAAUUGACUCAAUUACUUGAUAAAGAAAAUGAGAUCUUAUCUAAUUAUAUAAAGGAAUAUCAAAAUGGGAAAAAUAGGUAGAUAUUUAAUUAUUAUUAUUCUAUUUUUAAUUAUUCUCUUUUAUCAAUAAACUAAAUACUCAAUUUCAAAUUUGAUUCAAUUAAGAAAAUGGAAAUGUUAAUAGAAUAUGUAAACAGAAAAGACAACAAGACAUUUUAUAAUUUUAUAUCAAAUUAUAAAAAACUUUAGAAUUAAAUGUAUUCAUUAAUAGCAUACAAAGAAAAAUUAGAAUAAUUGAACAAUGUUGAAUUUGUUGAAAAAAUAAAGGAAUUUGAAAUUUCAGUCUAAGCUAUUUAACAAGAAUUAUUAAUCAUAAAUAAUAGUGAUUGCAGAACUUUAUUAGUUUAUGAAUUAAAUAAAUUUAAUGAGUUCUUAAUACUUGCUAGAAUGAGAUAGAAAAAUCAAUUGGAUUCAACCAUAUAAGCUCUAAAAAAAUGUACAUCAGAUUUUAUUGAUAAAAUUGUAAACUUAUUUAAAAAAUUGAAAUAAUCUUGGAAAUAAGAAUAAAUUACUGAAAUGAGUGAAAAUAUUGAUGAAAGAAAGCCUAAUUACUCUAAAUUACUAGAAUUAGCCAGUAAUUUCAAAAGUUAAAUGAUGUAAGUAUAAUAAUCAAUUGAAUUUUCUGAAAUUGAUACAUUGUAAAUUCUAGUAGAUUUAAUGAAAUUUACAGAUUAAAAUGAUGUCAUACAUCUUUAAUGUGAAGAUUAAAUCUCAAAACUAUUAUAAAAGUUUCAAUUAUUCAUAUAGAAUCUUAAGAGUCUUAAUUAUGAAAAGUUUUCUAAAAGCUAUGCUGAUUAAUUAUACUUUAUUAAUCAAAAUCCAAAAGAAUUAGAUCGAUUUCUUAAAGAUGAAUUGAAUUUCAUAUUUUCACCUGUGCAGAAUCAGAUCCAAAGUAAUCUAAAAUAAUGUAAAUAAAGUAUAACUGCCUCUAUACUUGAAUACAUUUAAGGUAAUUCAUGGAGAGUUAAAGAAGGAUUUCUAUUUUAAUGCAUCUAAUUAGAAAAUUAAUUGCAAGAAUAAAAUAAAUAAUCCAUACAAAAAAUUUUAAUUUUAAUUGCUGCUAAAGAAACUAAUAUAAAAAUAUUAGUAACACUAAAAAAUAAAUAAAUAGUAUAGUAAAUGUAUUAAGGAUUCUCUAAGCAUUGGCCUGAAAUAUAAAAUCAGAUAUAAUAAGAUUUAGCUAGCCAAAUAAGUAAAUUAGAAUAGCUUUAAUUUAAUAUUUCAAGUGCUGAAACUGAUAGAAAAAGAGAGUAGUUACAUAAAGAACAUAAAAAAUUGGAAGAAUAAAUAGAACAAUAAAUACUUAAUGUUAAUCAAAUUGGAGAUGCUUUAGGGAUCACUAUCAAUUUCUUAAGAGAAAUUAAAUAAGAUUUAAAUAGAAUUCAAUAAAAAUUAGAUUAAAUGCUUAAUAAAAUUGAUGAAGUAGUUUAAGAUAUUAAAUAAUUAAUAGGAAAGACACCAAAAUAAUUAUUAGAAAUAAGGAUGCAAUCUGUUUUAUAAUAGAAAAUUAUAAAUGAUUUCAAUAAUGUAUAUGUAAACUUAAGAACUAAAGAGUUAAAAGAAAACUUUAAAGAUGAAGAUGAUGAAACAACUCUUUUUAAUGAUAUUUCUUAGAAUAAAGGUGAAAUAGACGAAUUUUUAUAAUAACCAAAAGAUUCUCUAUUGAUUCAUGGACCAGCAGGAUCAGGGAAAAGUGUUGCUGCUAAAAAGAUAGAAGAAUAUAUCUGGCUCUAAUAUUAAUAGUUGAAUUUAGAUGAGUGGUCUAAAGAUUUAGAAUAGAUACCAAUAAUACCUAUAUUCAUUUAAUUAGCAAGCUUAAAAGAUCCAUAUUAAAAAGCUAUUGAAGAAUCUUUAGCAUCAUCCAAUUAUAAUUUUGAUUGGAGAUAAAUACAAACAUUCUAGACCUAAGUUGAAGAAGGUAAAGUUGCAGUUGUCUUUAUUCUUGAUAGCUUUGAUGAAUUAACUAAUAAUUAAAUUAAUCUUAUUUAAAAUAAUAAAUUGAAGAAUUGGAAAUAGCAAUUAUUAAAUUUAAGUGAAUUAACAUAAAGUCAAUAAAAAAUAUAUAGUCUAAAUUAUCCAAAAAUUAUUACUACAACUAGAUCAGAAGUGUUUGAAUUGAAUAGUACAAAUUAUAGAUAAUGGUUUAGUAGUGAAUCAGUUUUAGAUUUUACAAAAUACAAAGAAUUAAGAAUUCUAAGUUUUGAUGAUAAUUAAAAGUAAGAUUACUUAAAAUAAUAUUCAUAUACAUAAAUCAAAAAAACUUUGCUUGAUUAUUUUGAAAAGUAUUCUCUCAUUUAAAAAAGAGGAAGAAAUCUUAUAAAUGAAGUUGAAAAAAUAUGGAAUAAUAUUUUAGAAAAAUUGGAACCAUCUAAUCAUCAUCAAUAAUCAUAUGAUUUAUAUUUAAGCGAUAAAGAAAUCAAUAUUAUUGUUUCAAUGUUGAAAAGUGAAUUAAAAUUAUUAAAUAAAUAAGAUCAAUUUGCUAUUUUAGAAAGAUAGUUAAGACAUAUUUAAACUCCAUAAUUUUAUAAUAAUAAUAUAAUUGAUUUCAAUUUGGAAUAGUUACUUAAAACACCAUUUAUGAUGAAAAUAGUAAUUGAUGUUUUACCCUAAAUCAACUCUUAGAAAUAAGAAAUUCAAUAGAAUUAUUUUAUUAAUAAUUAUACACUUUAAAUGUUUGAAAGAUAUGUCAAAAAAAAAAAUAUCAAAGAUAUUAGAUAGUUUUUAGAGAAGAUCUCUUAAGAAUAAUAUAAUGAAGAUUAACCAGUUGAAUUAAAUAACUAAUCAUUUAUACCAGAAUACCCAGAAUUUUUAGAGGAUGAUUAAGGGGUUAAACAGCAUCCUCAAUUAUGUAUGGAUGAAAGAAUUUAUCAAAAUUAAAUGUUCUAACAAAUCUAUGCAUGCACUUAAUAACCUUUAUAAUAAUAAGUAUAAUAAUACUAAUAAAUUUAAACUUUUAAUCCCCAUUACAAAAAUACAUAAAUUGCUUAACAUCAAAUUUCUUAUCAAAGUAAUUAAAGUUCAGUCUAUAUAAAGUUAUCAAAAGAACUUAAACUAAAGCGUAUUUUAUAGAUGAAAAUAAAGGAGAACUUAAAAGUAUAAGGAAAAUAAAUUUUUUAAAAACAUUAAGAUUUUUCUCUAUAGGAUUAUGAUUAAUAUGGAGAUGAUAAAUAGAUAUUGUUAAAAUGUUAUAAAUCUUUUAAAUUAACAUAGUAUGAUUUUUAUGAAUAAUUUUUGGAGAAUUAUAUAUAAAACUAAAUGCAAAAAUUGUCUAAUAUUUAAUAAUAAAAGUUUAAUAAUAAUUUUAUAAAUGAAGUUAAUGAAUAUUCAAGAUUAUUAGUAUCAUAUUUAAUGUAAUAUUAAUUAACUACAAUGGAAACUUAAAAAGUCUCAAAUUUAUCAGGAGUAUACAGAGAUUAAAAAAUUAAAUAGCAUUCAAUUGACCCUAGGUAUCAAGAAUUAUUUAAUUAAAAUUCGGAAGAUACAAUCUUAAUAAAGAAAUGCCUUCCUUUAAAACUAACAGGUACUAUUUUGAGUUUUGAGCAUAAAUCAAUCUAAGAAUUUAUAUAUGCAAAAUUCAUCAUCAAUAAUCUUUUUGGAAUUAAUUAAAUAAUUAAUUAAUUCAAAGAAAUGAAAGUUGAUGUUUUCUUGAAAAAUACGAGUAAAAAGUUGAAAACGAUAGAAUUUAUUACAAUAUGUAUUUAGAUAUAUUAAAAUAAUUAAUUGUAAGUAUUAGAUAAUUAGGAUUAAGCAAGAAGUAUAUUUACAUAAUAAUUUAAUUAAGUCUUUUAAUAUUAAUAUUAAAUUUAUUUAAAUCACUAUAAUUAUACACAUGAUUUAUUGACAUUCAUAAACUAUUCACCAUUAAAUUAUGUAAUUAUGGCAAAUUAAUUUUACAUGGGAACAAUAAGAUUUAUAGUAGAAUAUAUAUAAAAAAAUUAAGAUUUAAAAUAAGCCUUACAUUUUUUAGUAUUAACUUCAGUAAUAUCAUAAUAUUUCUAAAAUAUUAGUUCAAAUUCCUUAUAAUUAUUAACUUAUAUGUAGGAAUUGUUCUAUGAAAAGAAAUUCUGUGGAAUUCAGAUAAAAGACGUUAAGUUAUUAGGAUUUAAGUGUAUAGGAUGUGAUUUUAGUGGAUCCAAAUUUGAGAAUGUGACUUUGAUGGGAACAAACUUAAAUUAUUGUAAAAUUGCAGGUGUUGAGUGGAAGGACAUAAUCUCAUAAGAUUUACCAACUUUAUCUUUUAAUAUAGGUCCUAUAUUAAAAGCAUCAUUCUCAUUUGAUGGUAGUUACAUAGCAUCUCUAAGUCUAAAUAAAUAAUUGGUGAUUUAUUAAAUAACUGCUGGAUAGAUUAUUAAAAAUAUAGAACUACAAAAAGAAGUAUUUGAUUUUUGUUGGUCUAACACGAAAUGUAUGCUUGUCUAUUUUUAUGAUGAAACUAUAAAUAUCAUGAGUUUUUAUGAGGAUUUGUAAUAAAAUAGGGCAAAUCCCAUUUAAAGAAACUAUAAUGAUGAUAAACAAUAACACAUCGAAUUUAAACCUAAAUUAGACGACAUUAUUGAUUUAAUAAAAUUUUCAAAUUAAGAUAGCUAUUUAUCAGUUGCAUGUUAAAAAGGAAAAAUAAUUAUUUUUUAAUUUAUUAAUAAAUAAUUUACCUAAUUCAGAGAAAUUACAGUAGAGAGCAGAAUAACAGCAUUUGACUUUUCUCCAGAUGAAGAUAGUUUGAUAGUUUGUGAUUAAAAUUCAAUAAAUAUAUUUAAGAUACAAGAAGAGAAGCCUUAGCCUAAACUUAUAAGAACUUUACCAUAAGGUUAUUAUGUAACAAGUAUCGUUUUUAGUCCAGAUGGUUAACUAUUUGCAUAUGCUACAACAAAUGAAGUCAUUAUUAUAUAUAGUUUGGUUAAAAAAAAAGAUUAGGCAAAAUUAAUUGGGCAUUCAAAAGCUGUUAGAUGUAUCUGUUUUUCUAGUGAAGGGAAUAUAUUAGUAAGUGGAGGUGAUGAUAAAAGUGUUAGAAUAUGGGAUUAUAUGCAGGGAACUUAAAUUGGAGAGAAUUUAAAUGGUCAUUUAGAUUCUGUUAAUAGUGUUGAAUUUUCAAAACCAGAUGGAAUGAUUAUUUUAUCUUCAGGAAAAGAUGGAUUAAUUAAAUAAUGGCAUAACUCUGAUAAUUAUCGUGUUAGUGAAUAUUUUCCUGGUCAUGAUGGUAGCAUUUUAUUUAUGGUUAUAUCUUAGGAUUCUCAAAGAAUUAUAACUAAAGGUAAAGAUAAGAAAAUAAUUUAAUGGAACAUUAAAACAGCAUCUAUUGUUAAUUAAAUAAUAUCUUUAUAAAGUUGUUAAGAAUGUUAAAUUAAUAAAUUAUGUUCUGCUUGUCAAUUAAGCCCAAUCAUUAUUGUUAAUGAUGAUCAAUUUAUUAUCACAGGUGGAUUUGGUCAUUCAAUUUUAAUUUAUGAUAGUUAUACUGGUAAAUAGAUUAAUCAUACAAUAUUAUGUUUAAAACCUAAAGGAGAAGUCAUUUUAUUAGCAUAAUCUCAAUAAAAUCAUUUGAUCUGUUCAGGAACUUAGAAUGGUGAAAUUAAAAUAUGGGAUAGUCUUUAUGGAAAAUAAUUUAGUAAAAAGAUUAAUCUAAAUUAUUAAAUAUUGACUAUGUUCUUUGAUUAAGAAUAUAAUUUAGUAGUUUUAAAUUAUUGUGGAAAAUACACUAAAAUUAAACUUAGUUCUAAUGAUACAAAUGCUUAAUCUUUUUGUUACGAAGUAAUUGAUGAAACAUCUUAAAUGAAAUAGAUAAAUUAAUUGAUUUUUGAGGAAAUUUUUGAUUAACAAAUUGAUACAAUCUAAUAGAAUUCUUAAUAAUAAAAAGUCAAUAAUAAGGUGUCUUGUUUAGCAUUAACAUCUGAUUAUUCCUAUUUGGCAAUUGCAAGCAAAGACUCCAACGUCUAUAUUUUAGAAACUAAAGACUUAUCAAAGAUAUUUUAAACAUAUUCCUAUUAAGGAGUAAUUACUUCAAUGUAUUUUAAUAAAAAUGGAUUAAUUUUAAUCUUAUCUUUUGAAGAUUUUUCAAUAAAAGUUUGGUAUAUAUCCAAAAAUAUGCAUGGACUUAAAAGUUCUUGUCAUUAAGCACUAAUCAAUUGUUUAGGUUUAUCUUCAGAUAAUAAAUUUAUAGUUUCAACUUCUUAAGAUAAAUGUAUUAAAAUAUGGAAAAUGUAAAAUUUGAAAGAUGAUGAAAUCUUUUCUGAAGAUAUUAAUGGUUUAAAAAUGAAAUUGCAAUAGCAAAAGUAAUAUUUCCAAGAAACUUUGUAGAAUCUCAAUUUUAGUAGUAUAGAGCAGGAAUGCAGAUUACUUAUGAAUUUUACAAAUGAAUUUAAUUUAAGAGAAAUAUUUCAUCAAGAAUAAAAUAAAAUUAUUCAGUAAGUAGAAGAUAAGUUUCAUAAUCUAUCUGAAUUAAGAAGAGUUGAUAUGAGUGCUACAUUAAGAGCAAAAAAUACCUUCAAAGAAUAAAUAAUAAAAGAAGGAGAACAAAUCGAUUAAUUAUUUCAAUAGAGUGAUUAAUUGAUCAAAAGUUUUAAUAUUUAGACGAUCAAAUUAAGUUUGUCUUGCUUUGAGAUUACAAAAUCGCUUUAAGAUUAAUUUUUAACUAAAUAAUUACAACUUAAAGAAUUUUUAGAGAAAUAAAUAAAAGAAAAUAAUAUAAGAAACUAUGAAAAAUAAUAUGUUUCAAAAAUUUAGGUUAAUUCAAAAAAUUAGAUAACUUUCUCUGAAAUAUUGUGUAUUAGUAAGACUUCUUAGAAUUCAAAAUUUAUUGGGACAGUUUUUGAAAAUUCCAACAUUAAAAAUAAGACCAAUCAUGACUUAUUUAAACUUUGGUAAUAGACAUAAGAAAAGGAUAAUAAACAUUGA